AUGUCAUUAAGAAGCAGAGGGGGCUCUUUCAAAGACAAAAUGGAUCACUUUGCAGCAGAGUGCCUUGUUUCAAUGUCCAGUCGUGCAAUUGUUCAUGCUCCUAAAGGGAAUAGGGAGAUUAAACCAGAAAUCCCAUCCUCCUCCAAGAACGGGGAGGAAAUUAAGGAACCUUUGGUGAAGGAUAACUCCUCUCUUUUUGUGGUGGCGCGGAUUCUGGCGGAUUUUAACCAGCAGACUCCCAACAGUGUUGCCGAGCAGGCAAAAAUAAAAGAUGAGAGCAUGCCGAACCUUAGAGAUGAUGGAAAAUCUGCCACACCUUCCACCAUCUCCGAUCCUUCGCUCAAACAAAGAGGCAAAAAACCGCGGGGACGAACUGAGCAAGAGCCGCCUCAGAAAAAGCACAAAUGCCACUAUUCAGGUUGUGAAAAAGUUUAUGGCAAAUCAUCCCACCUCAAAGCCCACCUAAGGACACACACAGGAGAACGGCCUUUCCCAUGCACCUGGCCCGACUGCAUUAAGAAGUUCGCCCGCUCUGAUGAGCUGGCCCGCCACUACCGCACCCACACGGGGGAGAAGAAGUUCGGUUGCCCCCUUUGCGAAAAGCGCUUCAUGCGCAGCGACCACCUGAUGAAGCACGCCCGGCGACACUCAGAUUUCCAGCCAGGAAUGCUGAAAAGACCCCACGGCGGCAGCGCCACACGUCCCAGCUCCCUCAGCGACUACAGCCGCUCAGAUGCCUCCAGCCCCACCCUCAGCCCAGCCAACUCGCCUUAAACUGAAACCCGGUCGCACUUUUCUGCCUCGAGACUGUGAGGCCCGUGUUUUCAUCAUAACACUUUUGUUGCACAGUUGUCAGCUACCCCCCUUCCCCACCCUCCCCUUUGCUAUUUCUGCGCUUGCUGUGGUGUACCAUAAUGUACAUAACUGCUUAUUGUAGUGCAAUUACUUGCGUGAUCCUAAAAGAAGAUAAUGCCUUUCCCAGAUGGCAAUAUCUGCAUUCAGUCUGUGUGUUUUUUUGGCUUCUGAUCACGGCUACUUGUUAAAUGUACGGUCGCAGUCAGCUAAACAAGGUCUAGACGAAGAAAAAAAAACAGACACCCUGACAGAUCUUCGAAACAUUUUUGUUUGUUUGUUUGUUUAUUUUUGCUUUGAUUUUAUUCAAUUUAUUUUUGAUUUUUUGAAAGGGUUAGGAGAAGGGGUACACACACACACACACACCUCAGGAUUGAAGACAGUUGUGAUUUCUGUAAGACCACAGUACUUAACAGUACUCACAUUGACUGCACAAUAUAUUCAUCACUUUAUUCUGAAAUUCAACAGGGGUUGAAUUUUACGCCCUGCUCAGGGAUGGCCUUGUUAGCUUGAAAGAAUGAACACGGUGAAGAGAAACAUACAGUUCAUAUAUAGCAGCCUUACACUCAACACAAUUUGCACUCUUUGUUUUCUUUUUUUCUUCUUUUUUCGGCUCUCAUAUUUGAAAAAACUAGCCCCGCUGUCAUGUGUAACGCAUACACAAACAUUUGUUUUCUCCCUCGUGUUUGGGGAGGGGUUUCAUAUUUAAUGUGAUUGCUGUGUAAUAAUGGAACAAUCAGAAAGGCCCCGCCACAGAAAACAAAACCCAAAUCUGUUUCUUUUUUGCAAUGUUAAUAUCUAUUGACAUUACACUGGGUUAAAUGUGUACUGCAUGAAAUGGUUGUGUGCAGUGUAAACUGUGUGAAUCUGCACUGUAGAAGGAUUGGGUUAAGAGUUUUCUUUGUAUUUAUGAAGUUAGAGAAACGUUCCAACCACAGAGACAGUCAAGUUUCAAAGCAGCUGUUCAUGCUUGAAAAGGAAGAGAGAGAAAAAGAAAAAAGAAAAAGCCGCCUCAUCAGCCUACAUUUCACUCAAAACGGACACAAAGGGACUUAAGUUGAAACAAGGUUUAGCCAUCUCUCAAGCACAUCGGAAAAAGUACCAAAGACAAGAAUGAAUGAAAGCUUUUUAUUCAGUCCUGUAAGCCACCUUUCACUGAGGCCUCGAGCUGCUGGUUGGCAGUAUUGCAGGUAGAGCCAGAUGCCGACUCACUUCCCUCCUCCUGGCUCUGCCUUUUGUGGCUUCCCUGGAGGAAACAGCUGCACCCAAAAGAAGCAAUUCACAGCCUGCAGGAGGGGUGCUCGCAUGCCAUUCCCCAGGGAAUCCUUACUCAUCUGGCUCUACCUGUCCUGUCAAAAACCGGUAAAGCUCCGAGCCUGCUAAAUUGCGUAAGGUUGCCCGACUUGUGGGUCAAAUGUAGGCCACCGUGUUAGGCAGGCCUGAGCUGGGCUCUGCUGUGACACUGCAACAUUGAGUACAGAAGGAAGAAAGCAGCUAUCUGCUGUAAACAGGCAAGAGAGGGCAGGCCCUGAUAAAAAAAAAAAGAAAAAAAAAAGAGGAGAGGUUUAUCAUGAGCUGAACAGCACAAAAGAGGAGACACCCAGUCGCAGACAACCCCCAUUUCCUUCUCCUUCCCCAACUCCCCUCCUCCCACCAACUGUAGAAACAGCCAGCAGAAAAAUGGCUGUAAUUAGUGGGCUGAUCCAAACUAUAGGAUAAGACUAAAAAGUCUAUGAACAACAGUUCAAGCAGUGUGGGUGGGAUGUAUCCAGCUCCAUCCCGAGCACAGACAGAAACCCCUGCUGCUGAGGAGUCAGAUUUCACAAUUCCAAGGAGGACGUAACAGCUCCAAAAUUCAUAAAUCGGCGGUCUCAAACAGCUGCUUUCAAACUUCUUUCUCACAACGAGGGGGGCUUUUUAAAAACUUGUUGUCAAAACAUCUGAACCAAAACGAACAUAUCAGCAAAAGUCCAGUGCUCACCAGCCUCACGUCGUCCUGCCUGUGAAGCUCAGAUGUCCCGUGAGAAAGCUGACUUGUGUUUCUAGACAGACAUGCCUCAAUAGGUCAGGCGAAAGGCACAGUAAACCUUCCACGGAAACAGGCACGGCUAUCAAAACUGCUGCUGCUGCGCCGCCAGUCUGUGUUAUGCCUACAUUUUCCUUUAAUGCUUCAGCACUACAGUUGGAAAUAUGGUCAGCCUUUUAGCUCUGUCCCGUCAGACCCUUCCAGGCCGCUGUCAUCACGAAUCGCAUGCGCUAGCUUCAUCGUCUUGCCUCGCAGUCCCGUGCUUGACACUAUAUGCAUGUUAACUUUGCCUUGAAAGCGUGGAUCUUUCUUUCUUUUUUUCUUUUUUUUCCUUUGAGGCAGUCUGGCAGGUGGAAGUCCAUGAAUGGCAGACCUUGUCCCCCUCGUUCCUCACAGCAGCCAUCGCUCUUUAAAGUUGUGAUGAAUCAGCUCUGUCACAUUCUCGAGAAAGAAAACAGCCAUUAUUUCGAUCGAAUGCAGUAGUUUUCUCUCGCGACGCCACGUGCAGCAUAAUUUCUCUGCCAGAUGUUUCAAUGGGUUUCCAGACUGCAAGAUGACACUUUGAAUGCCACUGAUCAGCAGCUCUGAGUGACAGAAGAAGCGAGAGGAUUUCACACAGAAAAGAAGAAAAAAAAUGCUGAUUUUCACAAACUAAUUCUCGAAAUUGCUGUUGAACGGCUUUUUUGUGUCCAUUGUCUUUUAAGUUUUAGGUUUGACCUGGUUUGCAGAGUAAAUUUCUCUUGCAAAAAGCAAAUAUUUUCUCAGUUGCUCACCCUCAAGUAGGUUUCAGUAAUCAGCUCUUAAUCCAUAAUCUGCACAUUUUCCUCAGGGUUGACAUCUGCCAAGCAGAUAUGACACAGUUUGUGGAUUUUGUUGUUAAAUCAGUUACUGCACAGAUAAAGUCUGCCAGCCUCCUCUGGUGGUCCUGGGUGCUUAGUGUUCACUGCUGGUCAGUGUCCGACCACACUGGAAACACAGGAAUGCCUCGGCACAGGCUCGGCUCCUGCCUAUUAUGUCGUCAUAAACCUACAGUCCCGCUAUCGAGCACUCUGGAGUGAAAUGUCCCUUUAAACACCUUUGACCCCUUAGUGUCAGUGGACUGUGUAAGGCAAACAGAGCUCCUACCAUCUGAAUUAAAGCGACUGUGACAGUCUAAUCAUCCCAGUAUAUCAAUCCAUCCAGACAGCACCGGUGACAUAAAGGCGUCCACAGGCAGUUUCUCAAAACUUUUUCUCCUCACUGUACCAAAUGUACUUGAAUAAUUCAAAAGAAAAGGCCAUUGAACACAGUUUUGUACAUGUCCAUUUUUUACUGUACUUGUGUUUGUUGUCAAAUAAUUAUUAACCUCUCUGUAGAAAGAUGUAUAGUCCGUGCUUUUCGUUUUUUUCCUUUUCGUUUUCCGAGAUUUUGCAUCGUCUUCAGGUCAUUUCAGCUUUUGAAUUUGGCGGUUUUCGCAGAGCAGUUCAAAGCACCGUUGAUGCGGAAAUCUCAAUUUUAGCUCCAUUCAUGGGGUUCAUCCCUUUAAUCAGGAACAACUAAUACUUUGUUGAUGUCAGGAUGCAGGUUAUUGCAGUUAGCCUGUCGUCCAAAAAAAAGAAGAAGGAAGAAAGAAAAUGAAAGUUUUAGGUUUGUUUGGGGUGAUUAUAAGUAAAGAAACUUAGUGACCUCUGUGUAAGUUGGUUUCAGAUUUCGAGUGGCUAUUUUUCUUUAUUAUUUUCAGAGCUUUCCAUAAGAAUAGAGACCACCGCAUUGUGAGUUAGCAAUGUAGUCUUACUUUUGUUUUGCUUUUUUUUUUUUGUCUCAUGAAAUAUUUAAGGUUGUAUAUUUAUCAAAACUCAUACCUCUUGAAAUACUUUUGUUGUACUUUAAUAUCUUUUCAAAACAUCCAUCAUGUAGCUUGCAUUUUCUUGACGAGUAGCACAAAUAUUUGUUGGUUUCAUUUGUUCCUACUUGAAUGAAAAAGUAAAGACGGAGAGACUUUUUUGUAAAAAAAAAAGAAAAAAAAAAAGAAAGAAAGAAACAAAAAAAUAAAUAACCAAAACACUGGGCUACAUUUUAUAUAAUCAUUCGAUAAUGCCAAGUCCUGCACAUACAUCCUUGUGGAUGCAAAAAAAGGUAAUAUUUCAAGGAAUUUAAAAGCUGAUUUUUCUGUUACAAAAAUCUUAAAACAUCCCUUCUCAAUCUCAUUUUCAGCUUUUGCUCAUGUAAUGGGGGUGAUGUCAUCUGUAAAUUACUAGGAAACCUUAUUUCAGCAUUUCUUAAUCCAACUUUAUGAUUGUUAUCCCAGUAAGAAUCGAGACUUCAACACCCGUGAGAGCAGAAGGACUUGCAGCCGCAACAAGAUACUAACUGUUUACCAGUUAACAUUUUCCUCUUGAUUGUAACAUAUAU